AUGGGUUCCGUUGCCACUCUCACACCAGGCCUUGAGCCGCUCUGCCGCAUUAUUACACCGAUUGGGAUGCUGGGCUAUGGCUUCGAUGAAUCUGACAUCAAAGAUGCCUUAGAAUACUCAUCGAUCAGUAAAAUACCCACUGCAAUCAUUUUGGAUUCUGGCUCUACCGAUUCAGGGCCUAUGAAGUUGGCAUUGGGAACAAUGACCUGCCCUCGCGCAUCCUAUGAAAGGGAUUUACGGAAGCUUGUCGACAUAGUAACCAAAUACCGUCUUCCGGUACUUAUUGGAUCGGCAGGAGGGGAUGGAAGUAACAGUCAUGUUAAAGAGCUUGUGGACAUCAUUAAAGAGAUCAUGGCUUCUUCAACCAACAUUGCUGCUCAGCUGAAAGUGUUGGCGAUCUAUAGCGAGAUUGACGGCAGUACCGUAUUGGAACGGCUGCGUACGGGAAAUGUCUCAGGCUGUGGCCCCUGUGUGCCUCCCUUGACGGCUGAUGAUAUCGAGGCCACCAAGACGAUUGUUGGACAAAUGGGCCCAGAGCCUUAUGUACGAGCCAUGUCAGCUCAUCCAGAUUUUGACAUCAUUAUUGGCGGCCGUGCCUACGACCCGGCGCCAUACGUUGCCUUUUGCGCCUACCACGCCUUUGAUCAAUCCUGUCGUCCCGUCCUCUCCCUUGACAGUCAUAUCUUGGGCGGAUUCACACAUAUGGGCAAGAUUAUGGAAUGCGGCGGCUUAUGCGCUACGCCCAAGAGCCCUUCUUCCCAGGCAACGAUCUACAGAGAUGGGACAUUUGAUGUGCGGCCGCUUCUCCCUGGAGCUGUUUGUACUCCCACUACCGUUGCUGCUCAUACACUGUACGAGAAAUCUCGCCCUGACCAGCUUCAUGGUCCUGGAGGAUACAUUGAUCUUUCGUCCUCCACCUAUUCACCGCUGUCGGAUAAUUGCUCCGUUAGGGUAAAUGGAACUACAUUUCACUCUUCAAAGAGAGACGGCGGUUGUUACACAGUCAAAUUAGAAGGUGCCAAAGUCAUCGGUUACCGGACAAUGUUUAUGGGAUCGUUUGUAGAUCCGACUUUAAUCUCUCAACUACACCCACUUUUGGAUAGAAUCAAAGCGUACGUGACUAAGCAGCACGCACACAUCACCGAGAAAUGGGAGCUUGGAUUCCAUAUAUACGGAUACGACGAGGCUAACAAGGCGGUCCAUGCAAAAAACGUGUUUCUGGUUGCUGAAGCGCUCGCCGAGACACAAGCAACAGCUACGAGCAUUGCCUCCACUGCUCGAGUUGGGUGUGUUCACGGACCAUAUAAAGGCCAAAAAGCCACGAGCGGCAAUUUUGGCUUUGGGUUGGGAGGAAAGGGAGAAAUUGAGACAGGUCUCUGUGCUGAGUUCUCAGUCUAUCAUUUGAUGAACCUAGAAGAUGGGGAAGAAGACGCGAGCGAAAUUCUUGACGGGGAUCAAGGCAAACAAAAGACGCUAUUCUCUUUUGAAGCUCUACUUGUCGGAACUGGAGAGCGAUUACGACAUAAGCAUCAGGAUGCUGACAGAAGUUUUCAACUUGAGGACGCAGACUUGUACCCAACACCAGUCAAUGCAGUACCUGAGAUCGUUGAACCUACCCCUUUCCCUCAGACCAUCGGAGAGGCAGCAAAAGUUAUUAGGUCGAAAAACGCGGGCCCCUACGAGAUCACGUUCGACAUCAUCUUUAAUGACAAAGAGACAUAUGACAGAGUCAAGAAUUCUGGUCUUCUACAACCUGAAUUAAUUGCAGAACUAUACGAACUCUCUGUUGAGAACAUUGUAUACUGUGGUUUCUUCGACCAGGCUAUCGCGUUCAAGGCUACUAUUCCCCGUAUGCGCGAUGGACAACCUGCAGUGUCUGGUGGCUUCAUGGAAGAUGAUGUUCAUGGAUCGCAGAAAUAUUUACCUCUGAUGAAUUUGAAACUAAGUGGUAAAUGA